AUGAACACAAGGGCCGAGCCUCGCCAAUUGCACGCUUUUCGCAACCGCGUCGAAGAAGCGGCUGCACCACGACGUAUUGUGACCGUCGCGGUUGUCUACCACAGAAAGGGCAGAAAAUACAAAACGACCGAGACUCUGACCGCUUCAGCAGGUCGUUGGCUGCCUCAUGGCUGUGCAGCAGCCCGACCACAUGCUCUAGGGCGGCAAAUAUCGGCGUUGGACGGAGACGAGGCGUUUUCAGUAUGGUCGACCAUAGCGCUGACGUCUGUUAUACAAAUUUUACUCAAAGGUGAAAAGAAUUCCUGGCGGCGAAUCGGGUUUUAUCUACGGUACGACUAUGUGUUUGAAGAAACCAACCGAGCAGAAGUGCAUAACGCGCCACAUGGAGCUGUGAUACAUUUAAUUGCAGCACACAGAACUUUGAGUAGUACGAUAAUUGCUAUUGGUCCCAGUAAAUAG